GAGAGCCGAGGUCCCUGGUGGGGUCGGGUUUCCCCAAUUCCGUCAACACAUGCGUCCCUUCUUUUUUAGUUACCCCCCACACUCCUGUUUCUGUACCUUUUAGUUCCUCCGUGAAUUGUGGUUUCUCUUUCCUGGUUUUUUUUUUACAACCCCCACCCUUUUCCCUUAACUUCCCACUAAAACACAUUAAAAGGGAUUGAUAGUGUAAGGACUUUGCAGACGGCCUAGGGUUCUCAUGUUGACUCUUAUGUAAGAAUAGUUGGGUUACCUUGGGCGUGCCACAACGGAGCCUCCGCUUUCCUAUCUGUAAUACCGGCAAUACUAUAUGUAGAAACUUUCUCAAAAGUUGGUCUGGGAGGACAAUCAUGUAUAUAAGAUGGCUCAGCGACUUCUCCUGAGGAGGUUCCUGGCCUCCGGCAUCUCCAGGAAAUCCCCUCAAGGUCGGUGGGCACCCCUCAUCUCCAGGGCGCUGCAGGCCCCACAACACAGUCCUGGUGAGCUGACAGUAACAUCCAGCCAAGCCCGGCCAUUGCACACCACCAGAGUCUGCACAACAACCUUCAACAUCCAGGAUGGACCUGACUUUCAAGACCGAGUUGUCAACAGUGAGACACCCGUGGUGGUGGAUUUCCAUGCACAGUGGUGUGGCCCCUGCAAGAUCCUGGGGCCAAGGUUAGAGAAGGUGGUGGCCAAGCAGCAUGGAAAGGUGGUGAUGGCCAAGGUGGAUAUUGACGACCACACAGACCUCGCCAUAGAGUAUGAGGUGUCGGCUGUGCCCACCGUGCUAGCCAUCAAGAAUGGGGACGUGGUGGACAAGUUUGUGGGCAUCAAGGAUGAGGAUCAGCUGGAGGCUUUCAUGAAGAAGCUGAUUGCCUGACAAGCAGGAAAGAACCCUGAUGCUCUUGCCCGCUGGGGCCCCGUGGUCCUGGGAGGACCCUGAUAGAACUCAGUCCUGUGCAGGCCCUUCCCGUCUCCUCCCUUCUGUCUGGCCCCUGAGGGCCCAUGUUUGGAGACCAGGCCUCCAAGCACGGAUCCUCCAGUGCUUCCAGCCCGGCUGACUGCCAGGGUGGCCGCCAGGGGAACGGUGCUGCUGCUGAGCUGGGGACAGCGGUCUCCCACACUCUCAGUGUCUGCUCCCUCUAGGGCUGUCGCAGCUCUCCCAAGGUGCUUGGAGAGCCUGGGCCCAGUAACAGCUUGUCCUCAUCUCCCCGGGCCCUUCUGAUCCUAACCCCGGUGCCUGGCUCAUCUGCC